CGGAGAGAGAAAGAGGGGUCAGUGAGUGUAUUUUCCCAAGAAGACAUAAAAAAAGUGCCAUUGCUGUGCCUUUUGUUGCUGUUGCUGUUGCUGCUGCCUUCUUGUGUCCUUUCUAAACUCAACUUUGACCCGACCAAAGGGUGCAGGAACAACCAACCAAGAACCCUCCCUCACAGCUUUCGGCGCUCUUAAUUCAUUCAUUAAUUUCUUUCUCUAUUUUAAUUUUAAUUAAUUAAUUUCAUCAUAUAUUCAUUCGUUCAUAAUCAUAUAUGUCUAUGUUAUAUGUACACUUACGGCAUUGGUCACACUCCUCUGAUCUGAAUCCCUUUAUGUUAUAACAUUAUUAUUAUUAUUACCUUAAACUAAACAACAAUUAUUAUUGUUAUGUUACUGUACAAGUACUUGAGUACUACAUUGUAUAGAACUUGGAAUACUAUAUACUACAUCUUCCUCCAUGGAGAAGAACACAAACUGAACUUGUUGCUUUCUAGUUUCGCUUCACACUUCACACUUAACGUAUCCGCCAAAUCUAGGGGCAUAUUCCAUUCCACCACCAUUUCUCUGCAAAAGAGACCCUUUUGCUUCUUUUCAGAUAACAUGGGCUUAGUCUGCAGCAGAGGUCGUCGUUUUCGUGAAGCUGAUGCUGAAGAAAAUGCUCAGGAUGCAGAAAUUGAAAGAAGAAUCAAGUUAGAAACAAAGGCUGAAAAGCAUAUUCAGAAACUUUUAUUACUAGGUGCUGGAGAGUCUGGGAAGUCUACAAUCUUUAAGCAGAUAAAACUUUUGUUUCAAACUGGCUUUGACGAGGCUGAGCUAAAAAGCUACAUACCAGUCAUUCAUGCUAAUGUGUAUCAGGCAAUAAAAGUACUGCAUGAUGGGUCAAAAGAGUUGGCGCAGAAUGAUGUUGAUUCUUCAAAGUAUGUAAUAUCUCAUGAAAACCAGAACAUUGGUGAAAAGCUCUCAGAAAUUGGAGCCAGGCUGGAUUAUCCUUGUUUUACCAAAGAGCUUGCACAGGAAAUAGAGAGACUGUGGGAGGAUGCUGCAAUUCAGGAAACAUGUGCCCGUGGUAAUGAACUCCAAGUUCCAGAUUGUGCCCAUUAUUUCAUGGAAAAUUUGGAGAGGCUGUCUGAUGCAAACUAUGUUCCAACAAAGGAGGAUGUUUUGUAUGCAAGAGUUCGUACAACUGGUGUUGUUGAGAUCCAGUUCAGCCCUGUUGGAGAAAAUAAGAGAAGUGGUGAAGUCUAUAGACUCUUUGAUGUUGGUGGUCAGAGAAAUGAGAGGAGAAAAUGGAUCCAUCUUUUUGAAGGAGUUACAGCUGUAAUAUUCUGUGCUGCAAUUAGCGGGUAUGAUCAGACACUUUAUGAGGAUGAAAACAAGAACAGAAUGAUGGAGACUAAGGAACUUUUCGAGUGGGUCCUGAAGCAACCAUGUUUUGAGAAAACAUCCUUCAUGUUAUUUUUAAACAAGUUUGACAUAUUUGAAAAGAAGAUCCUGAAUGUUCCGCUCAAUGUAUGUGAGUGGUUCAAAGAUUACCAGCCAGUUUCAACAGGGAAACAAGAGAUCGAACAUGCGUACGAGUUUGUGAAGAAAAAGUUUGAGGAAUUGUAUUUCCAGAGCACUGCUCCUGACCGUGUAGAUCGCGUGUUCAAGAUCUAUCGGACGACUGCCCUUGAUCAGAAGCUUGUGAAGAAGACUUUCAAGCUUGUUGAUGAGACUUUGAGACGGAGGAAUCUCUUUGAAGCUGGCUUAUUAUGACCUUGCUUGCAACAGUAUGUAUGCUUAAGAGGGAUGACAUUUUUACAUUGAGAAAUUAAAAGGUCAUCUGAUUUUGUUGGGUAUACUAGAGGUCAGGUAUACAACAAUAUAAAAUCGAUUUGUUGAUUUUAUGCCAAGUAAAUCCUGGGUGGAUAGGGAAAGCCUUUCUGAAUACUUGAUCAUCACAUCCAUCUUUAGAAGGAAAAUUAGUUGCGCUCAAAUUUUCAGAGAUGACAUUAUGCUUUGUGAUUAUCUUUUUCAUUGAUUGAAAGUCACUAAUGAUAUAUUUCAUAUCCUUUAUUUAUGUCUA